AUGAGAGUCAGCAUAAAAGUAUCAUUACUUGCGAAUCUCGUAGUGCUUAGAUUCGUUAUCGCAUCAGUACACAUUCAACACCAUUAUCGUCUAGGUGACACGUAUACAUACGCUGAGAACAAAUCUACAACCACCACUAACCUCCUCACCGGAGAAAUAAAUACUCAACUCGAAGAAUCUGUUUACAUCAUACGUAUUGUUGAACUGGAUGAUCCAUUAACUAACAGUAGUGCUGAAUAUGAAAAGACUUACGUAUCGGCACGUUUUACACCUGCUGAUGAUCGUGCAACUCGUCGGCUUCUUUCUCAACAUACCCGUGAAUAUUUUUUUAAGGAAACUGAAUUCUCUCUGCCUGAAUAUUCUAUUGGUAAUCGUUGGUUAAUGAAAUCUGCAACGAAUCUCGACAAACUGGUCACUGUUACCGAUAUCUACGAAAGUGACGAAUACGAUACCGAAGUCAUUCAAUUCGACAUUGAAAUAGUUGGUACAAUUCAAUCAUUCAACGAGACAAUGCCGAACCACUAUUGGAUAAGAAAACAUCUCGAUCUACAAACUGGUAUGUUGUUAUCAGAAGAGAUUACUCACAAGAGUACGGUAAUCUAUUCACGAUUAACUGAUGUAACCUUGAAGAAAUUGAUCAAAUAUCGAACUCAUCAUCAUGAUUUGUAA